AUGCAAAUGUCGAAAUGUUUAUGUCUUGUGAUUAUUGCUGUGAUCGUUAUUGCAGCAAAUGCAUCACCAGCAAGAAAAAGACGCAGCGGUAGCUCUGGAUGCAACAAUAGCAAUGGUCACGGCAACUCCAACGGUAAUCCUAAUACAAACAAUGAAAGCGGAGAAAACUAUACGCUUCAACCAGGACAAUAUACAUAUACUAAUAAACAAUCUACUAUUACAACCACAGAAAAUAAAUGUUCAUCAGGCGCAACUCACUGUUGUAAUAAUGGUGCUAGUUCAACGGGUGAUCGCCGAAAACGAAAUUCUGGUUCGUCCUUUGGAAAUCUCUUCGGUUCCAGUACUAAUAGUGAACAAACUUCAUGCGAUAAUGUUGCAACAAGUGGUACUAGUGGUACUCAAUAUAAUGGAUGUGAUUCAACUCAAGAUUGUUGUCAAGGAAAUACCGUUAAUGGUCUUGUUAGUCUUCAAUGUUCAUCAGCUUCUCUUCCUAGUAACUAA